UACAAAAAAAUAUAAAUGCGAAAAGCCAUAAAACUCACCUCAAAAACACACAUUUCAAUUGUUUCAACCUUCCCCAAAUUCCCAUAAUCUCUGUCCCUCUCUUUCUUUAUAAAAAUUCAUAUUUAACGACACAAAUACAUGUAAAGAAUUAAUUUCGAUUACUGUCUGUACUGUCAAUUUUUCUUUUUUGUGUAUAAAUAGUGAUUACUCAUCUGAUUUUCGAGGUUAAGGUGUGAAUUGUUAAAUGAUGGAGUCUCCGGAGAGGGGGAGGUCAGCGGUGGCGAUGGAGUUCCCGGCAAGCGAUGGCGCUAUGUCGUGCUCGCCACCGACUAUGCCGUCGUGGCUCCGACGGAGGCUCUCUGAGUCCAAGACGCCGCCGCCGUCUACUGUUGAAGAAAUCGAAGCCAGGCUUCGGGACGCUGAUCUUCGCCGUCAGAAAUUUUAUGAGAAUUUGUCCAGCAAGGCUAGGCCAAAGCCUAGAAGCCCCUCGCGAUGUUCGUCUCAUGAAGACGAUCUUGGACAACGCCUUGACGCUAAGCUCCAAGCUGCUGAAGAGAAAAGGUUGAGCAUAUUGACAAAUGCGCAGAUGCGCCUUGCUAAGCUUGAUGAAUUGCGGCAAGCUGCUAAAAUAGAGGCAGAAAUGCGCCUCAGAAAGAAACGAGCUGAGUUAAGUACAAAGGUUGAAAUGCGGGUUCAACAGGCAGAGGCCAAUAGAAUGCUUAUCCUUAAGGCUUAUAAGCAAAGGAGGGCCACAUUAAAGGAGAGAACAUCUCAAUCAUUGCUUCGAAGGAUGGCCAAGGAGAGCAAGUAUAAGGAACGAGUGUGCACUGCAAUAUGUCAAAAGCGUGCAGCUGCUGAGAAGAAGCGACUGGCAUUGCUGGAAGCAGAGAAGAGGAGGGUACGUGCCAGGGUCUUGGAGGUGCGGAAGGUAGCAAGGUCCAUUUCUCACCAACGAGAAAUUGAGAGGAAGGAAAUGAAGAACAAGCUAGAAGACAGACUACAAAGGGCAAGGAGACAGAGAGCAGAAUAUUUAAAGCAGAGAGGAAAGCCUCAGAAUUUUGUUUGUUAUGAGUGGAAUAUUACGCAAGAGCAGGAGGCUGACAUCCUUUCCAGAAAAUUAGCAAGGUGCUGGAGGAAGUUCGUGAUGGCUAGAAAAACUACAGCACAUCUUACCAGAGCUUAUAGUCAGCUGAAUAUUAAUGAGGGAUCGGUGAAGGGAAUGCCAUUUGAGCAGUUUGCACUUCUUAUCCAGUCAACUGCUACUCUUCGUACAACCAAAGCUUUACUUGACCGAGUAGAAAAACGCUUUAAUUUGACGCGAAUGGCUGGAUCUGCCCCUAAUACUUCUAGUUUUGAUGAUAUCAAUCACCUUCUCAAGCGAGUAGCCUCCCCAAAAAGGAGGGUAACUCCUAGGAAAAAUGUCUCAAGUAGAGAGGAUAAAAAGACAACAGCCAUUAGGCAAGCAGCCAAAACUCCUGUUAAAUUAUCAAGGUACCAAGUGAGAGUUGUNUGGAAGGUUAAAGAUGCCAGGUCGUUAGAGGAUGAUCUGGUCAAGGCUGCUUGUCGGCUAGAACUCUCUAUGAUUCAGACCUGCAAGAUGACUCCUGAUGGAGAUAGUGGUUCUCUCGCCCAUGAUAUGAAGGCUAUACAGAAACAGGUCAAUGAAGAUCAGAAGCUUUUAAGGGAGAAAGUGACACACCUCAGUGGAGAUGCUGGUAUCAAACGUAUGGAAAAUGCACUUUCUGACACACGAAUGAAAUUCUUUGAGGCAAGGGAGAAUGGAAUACCAAUCAGCCCACUAUCUACGCUGAUUUUAUCCCCGAAUUCUGCUUCCCCGGCUGCCCUUGGUAGCUCUGAUAAAACAGAUGAUUUGACUGAAAAUACUCCGAAGCGAAGUCCUGUAGUGCGGUCUUUAUUUAGGGAUGAAGUUAAUCCCAAGGAAGUUAGUUCCCCAUCUUCUAGCAGUAGCCCAGCCGAAUAUUCUAGUGAGAAGUUGGAAUUGGAGAAUGUCAGGAUCGUGAAUGAAUGUGUCCAUGGAGAGAACCUCGCAUUUAUUGAUACUUCUAAUUCUGCUGAUGAUGGCCAAGAAAACAUCAUGGCAAAGGUUAGAGAGACUCUAAAGAAGGCUUAUUGGGAUGGUGUCAUGGAUUCCGUGAAAAAGGACAAGUCUAACUACAGCCGUGUUGUUGAGUUGACAAGGGAGGUGAGCGAUGAAAUUUCUGCAAUGGCUCCUAAGAGUUGGAGACAAGAAAUUAUUGAAGCUAUUGAUCUGAACAUUCUCACUGAGGUGUUGAAUUCGGGCAAAGCGGACAUUGAUUACCUGGGGAAGAUUCUGGAAUUUGCAUUGGUCACUUUGCAGAAGCUCUCUGCUCCUGCUUGUGAGGAUGAAUUGAAGGAGAAACACCAGAAAUUUUUGAAAGAGCUGGCUGAGAUAUGUUGGGCCAGUGAUGGGUCAGAGAAUUCACAUGUCAUUGCAUUCAUUAAGGGCUUGAGUUUUGUUCUAGAACAGAUGCAGGAACUCAAACAAGAAAUAAGUGUGGCCCGUAUAAGAAUUUUGGAGCCUUUCUUGAAGGGGCCUGGGGCUUUAGAGUUUCUUGGAAAAGCUUUCACUAAGCAUUAUGGUCAUCCUUCUAAUGCCUUCACCUCUCUACCCUUAACGGAAAAUUGGCUUUCAUCUAUGAAUGGUAGUAAAGAUGAGGAAUGGAAUGAACAUAAAAUUUCUCGCACCUUGUUGACAAGCAGACGAGAGUAUUCAUCUCGGAGUUUCCUUCCAUCCACCACUCUUCGAACUGGUGGAAGUUUAUUAGUUAAAAUGAGCAGCACUAAUACAGCUGACACGUCUUCUUCACCCUCCUAUGCUACAAGUUUGACAGAGAACGCCGACCACACUUCAGAAUGCAACGGAGAGGAGAUUGAUAUAUUGGUGAGGUUGGGCUUGUUAAAGUUGGUAAGUAAGGUACAUGGUUUGGAAGAGGGUGAGCUCCCUGAAACUAUGAAGCUUAACUUCUCCAGGUUAAGAGCUGUUCAGUCUCGAGUUCAGAAGAUAAUUGUGAUUGUGACAAGCAUUCUAGUCUUGCGACAGGCUCUAGUGAGUAAGCGAAUGGUAACCAGCCAAGCAGGCAUGGAAAGCCUUCUUUCUAGCAGCGUCAAAAACCUUUCUGCACGUCUCGACUCUGACAAGGAUGCCAGCAUCCCAGAUAUCAUUGCAGUACUUUGUGAAGCUGUGGUGAAGUCAAUUGGCGGCAUGAAGCUCGAGUCAAUGGAGGAAAUCAUGGCGAGAAUGUUGGCCAAAAAUCUGGAGCAAGAGGAUGCUGUUUUUAACAUGGUUUCUCGUGCAAUAUAUUUGGCUACCAGAGGGGUCGUACUUGGGGGAACCGGUAAACAUGGAAGAGAACUGGCGGAAGCAGCAUUGCAGAAAGUGGGGGCGGCUUUGCUCCUUGAUGAAGUGGUGGCUGCAGCCUCAGUAUUGGUGGCAGUGGCCAAGGUUUCUGUUAGUGUUCAUGGCCCUUGGUAUGCAAAUUUGAUAACAAAGGAGUAAUUUGUUCAUUA